AUGCAAAAAUAAACUUAGUUGACCAAGUUUUUCUCAAAGAAAACCUAGGACUAGUAGUAAUCUCCUGUCAGAACCAAAUUCAAUUAAGAUGUAAGGUUAUAAGUGAAUAUUUUGGUAGUUAUUCUUUUGUACUCCUCCAACAUAAGAAAUUCAAUUCAAGACAGAUAAUCCCAAUGCUAAGAAGAAAGGCCCUAUUAAUUUAGACAAUUGGAUUCGGAAGUCUUCCUUAUAAUAAAAGAAGUGGUAUUUUUACAUCUCAUAUGAAAAAGGCCAUUUUUACCAAAAAAUUUGAUCUAUUAGAUUUACAAAUUCUUACAGUUAAGAGAAUGCGCUACUUGUUCCUAAGUUUGCAAAUUCUGGAUGAUUUGCUACAAUGAUAUCUAUUUCUCUUAUAGUUUCUUCAGGGAGUUCGAAACAUCAAGGUAAUUCAUUCAAUUUAAUUAUUUGAGAUUUAAUGAGAAGGAACUUGCUACUGUGUUGAAACGAUCGAGCAAACAAUUGAAGCACAUUAAGAAAGUAAGAGACAUAAUAAAGGGAUAAAAAAUAAGUUCAUUUUUGGAGAAAACAGAACUAAGCACAAUGUUAUCAGAUAACUCAUAACAACAAGGAUCUCUGUUAGAAUUAUUUAAAUUAGAACCAAAAAAACAAUAUGCAUCUGUGUUUUUGACGGAUAAAGAUUUAAAUAGCAUUUGUACAGAGAGUUAGUAAUAUUUUUUAAUCUAAUCAUUUUAGUAAAUCACUUCAAUAUAUACAAUUGAUAAGCUGUUAAUUCAUGACUGGCAAAGGAUUUGAAAUUAUAGGAAAAUGUUCCCAAUUAAGCCUAAUAAAUAUCUAAAGCAAUGGCAAUUUGAAGGAUGAUAAUAUCAAAAUUAUCUUAGAGUAACUACAAGGACUCAAGACCUUAAUGCUGUUAAAAUGCGAUGGCUUAACAAAUUACAUUUUUGAAAUAAUAGGAAAUACGUGUAAAAGACUUGAAAGGCUAGACAUUGGAAGCAAUCCUUAGUUGGAUCUAAAAUAAGUAAGUCAUUUGUCUAUCUAAUCUAAUAGUGUAGUUCUUUGAAGACGAUUGAAACUUUGCAAUCAUUUUCAAUCAAGGACAACGUUGUGACAAACGAGGCUUUAGAAAUAAUUACCACCAAUCUCUACAAAUUGCAUAGUCUCAAUCUAGAGGGAUGCCAGGAAAUCAAUAGUUAUUCUCUGAAGCAAAUCUAGAAAUUGAAUUUGCAGAGAAUAAAUUUGAAAAAAAUAUAAUUCAAGGAGGAGGGUAUUAUUUAAUUGCUAUAAUAUAGACAUUUACAAUUUUAUUCUUAAUGCACAGAGUAUAAAAUUAAUGCUUGUGAAUAAUAAUUUAUUGAGUACUCGUGUAGAGAAGAUCAUCCUUUCUAGACAAUGA